GCAACCUUAAUAAUAUUCCCCGAGACUCAAAUAUUUCUGUAAAGCAUCCAUGUAACUAGCAAGCAGGUCACGAGUCUGUUCAUCAUCUGCUGAAGAUGGAUCAAUAUGGGAGAUAUGAAAGCAGUGGUCAGCCAGAAGCGCUUUUUGAUCCCUCACUGCAUUGGAGGCAGGUCAAAGAGGAGGCUGAAGAACUUCAGAUUUCAGCUGUGUCAUUAGGAGUUGAAACAUCCCAGGUUUGUCAAAAUGAGGACCCUGAUGAACAAGAUCCCUCCUUUGAUCCAGUUGCAGACAUCCAUGGAGUCACAGAGCAAGAGUGUGGACAUAAAAGCAUGACUAAUCCCAAAGUAAAGGUGCUGCCUUCUCCAGUCCCAGUCAAAGAGGAGUCUGAAGAAUGCUCGCUUCUGCCAGUAGAUGAUGAAGCAGUUGCCUUAAUUACAGUUAAGGAAGAAGAGAAUGAAGACUGGUUGAAAUCAGAAGAUGACGAUGUUGUGAAAGUGUCAGUGCCUUGGGAGCCGUUGGAAACAUCACCAUCAUCAUCAUGCUCAGAUACAGAGGACAGUGAGAUGGAAAGUGAUAUGCAGGAGCAUGACGUUUCAGGAGGGUUGAAGAUUGAAGAUUGUAGCAGGACAUCAUUGGAACCAGGGACGGCACUAGAUACAAAUGAGAAAGCUAAUGCUGUUGAUUUCAGUGACUCUAAAAGGGGGUCCUCCUCCUUCUACCCAUGCCCUCAUUGUGCGCUCGGUUUCACCAUAGAACGCUUUUUCCACGGGCACCUCAAGAGGGCCCACCCUGAAGAGUACAUCACUCUGCUGAAGUUUCGGAAAAUCAUAGCAACCCCAGCCACGUGCCCACAAUGUGGCAAGAGCUUCUCUAAUAAAUAUGUUAUGAAAACGCAUCAGAAGAGUCACACAGGAGAGAAACCAUAUCACUGUGCAGACUGUGGGAAGAACUAUGUCUUUGCUGAUUCACUCAAAAAACACAGAUGUGGGACAGGAUUACGAAGACAAACCCAUCUGACCAGCUAUGAAAUGAUCCCCACAGUAGAGAGACCAUAUACAUGCAUUCAGUGUGGAAAAGGAUACAGAUUUCAAACCCAACUGACUAGCCAUGAAAAGAGCCACACAGGAGAGAGACCAUAUAAAUGCUCUCAGUGUGGAAAAGAAUACCGAAGACCAGCCCAUCUAAAAAGACAUCAAAUGACCCACACUGAAGAGAGGCCCUAUGAUUGCCUCAGGUGUAAGAAGUCAUUCUACCGGCCUGAAACUCUUAAAGCACACCAGAAAACCCACACAGGAGAAAAGCCUUAUCAGUGCUCUCAGUGUGACAAAUGUUUUGGCUUUUCCAGAGACCUUAAGAGACAUCAGUUGACACAUACAAGGGAGACCCACACUGGACAGAGGCCCUAUGAUGUCCACGGGUGUAAGAAGUCCUCCAGCCAGCUGGAAGCUCUCAAAGCACACCAUAAAACACACAAAGGAGAAAAGCCUAAGCCUUUUCAGUGCUCUCAGUGUGACAAAUGUUUUGGCUUUUCCAGAGAUCUUAGAAGACAUCAGUUGACACAUACAGGGGAGAAACCGUUUAGUUGCCCCCAAUGUGAAAAAUGUUUCGGUAGGAAAUGGGAAUUGACGUACCACCAACGGACACACAGCGGAGAGAGGCCUUAUCACUGCUCUGAGUGUGGACAGAGAUUUAGCCUAAGGGGGAACUUUAAACGCCACCAGCAGAGCCACACAGGGAAGAAGACGUUUCACUGCACUCAGUGUGACAAGAGCUUCUUCAGAGCGGCUCACCUGAAAACCCAUCUCCUCAUUCACAAUAGAACCAAAACAGUGGUCUGCUCUAACUGUGGGAAAGGGUUCAACCAUGACGGGAACUUAAAACGUCACCAACGAUUCUGUAUGAAGACGUUAGAGCAAAAUUGUAAUGCACCUCCAUCUGUAGAAGUACAGAUAUGAUCUUUAGUGUGGUGUCAGAGGAUGGGAAUAAAGAACAUAUUACUGUAAUACAA